AUGUUAGGUCCUACCACGUUUACCCUAAAGCAUCACUUCUACCCGAUCGGCAAUACACCAGCAGUCAAUCUGUUACAGUCUGGGUGCACCUUCCGCGAGAACGGUGAUCCAGUAAGAGCAUUAUUAUUGGGUUGUGGAGAUCCUAGAAACUUACUCUUCACCUUGUGGUGCAAUAAAGAUGAGACAAAAUGGGAAUUCAUGUGCUGUGAUUUAGAGAUCGCAAUUCUUGCACGCAAUGUUCUCUUUUUUUCUCUCGUCAUUGACAAUUUAUCUCUGACAUCUCAUGCAUCAAUCUGGAACAUAUGUUACCAUUUCUACAUUACAGAUACUGACAAUACUUUGCUACAAGCACAAGUCUCCAAGCUCAUUGAGCAAUCAGCGAAUUUGGAAGUAUGGUCAUCUUCGGUGUAUGGUGCAGCAAUCAAAUUCAUGAACAAAGACACUCUAGAUCGAACUCGAGAUAUUUGGUCUCAAUAUCUGCAGGUCGCAGAACUGAGAAAAGGCUCAGAAGAAAGAGAACAUUUUGAAACUGAAUUUCAAUUCGAGAUCGAUACCACAAUCAGAGAAAAUCAUUUCGAAAAGGAGGGACCUAGAAAAGGUGGCAGGAAGAAGCAUGGACAUGGUCUUCGCUCAGCAGGUGCUCAUUGGCGACGUGCUAUUCAAACAAUGACCUACGCUUUCGAUGGCUUCUGGGAUCAUGGCGUAAUCGCAGGAAAUUCCCAAGAUCUAAAAGCUUUGAAGCAAGAUGGUCGACGCGUGAAUCCAUUGAUGGCGAUUUCUUCGGCAGGUAAUACAUUUUCAAUCCCACCAACCUCAGACCCUCUCUUAGGGUUUCACAUAGCGAGCUCCUUCGACAAUGAGGAUACUUUUCAACAACAACUAACAGAUAGCGUUGUGAGAUUGGCGAAAUCUCAGUUUCAGGAGUGGUGCAUGAAUUUUGGGGAGAAAGUUCGUUCCAGAGCAUUUAUGGUUCGACUCUACUGUGGCGAUGCUUUGCGACUUUGUUAUGAGCUGCAACACUUGAGAGAUCCCGGAAUAAUGGGACCAUAUAUUCUCAGAUUGUACGCCUCGAACUGGCAUUCCACCCCAUUGAUUCUCGACAAUCUCGAUACGUCAAACGAUAUUCAUGCAUUUGACAUCAUCGAUACUAAUAACUUGUCUGAUGCGCUAGGCAUUUUAAAUCUGCUGCCAGCUAUAUCGCCACUAUUGUCGCGUAACGCAACCUCAACCAUGUUUACAGAAACAAUUUAUAGGUUUACCAAGGAUCCCGUUGACACAAUAUCCGAUAUCUUAUGCUGCGAUGUCACAACAAUGUCACUUCUCUUAGGACUAGCACCUUCUGGCUACUUAUUCGGAUUCACUGCAGAUGCCCUCGGGCUAGAAGCUGAGAGACAGUUUACCUUGCACCGAGACUCUGACAGCUAUCAUAUGCGAAUCGCUUGGAGAUGUCCAAAUUUAGAAGAUCCGGUUGGGGUAGGAUUAGUCUUUGAACAUGACGAACUUGCAGACUUCUUUUUGAGGCUCUAUCUGAAGAUGUUUGAUUUUGAGUCGGCUUCUCCAAGAGCCGAAAGAUUACUUGAUGCUUUGAACUACAACCGCUUGACCUUCGCUACUCUUGUCUGCCUAGCAAAAGAUUAUAUCAGGCCUCCUGAUCAUUGGGCACGCUUUGUGGAGUCGCUUCUCAAACGCAUUGAAGAUGAUAAGAUUUUAUGCAUUGGCGGUCUUCAGCUUCAUGAACUGUCCUUGCACUUUCGCCUCUUGGGCAGUCUGUCUCAAAUUGAUUUAUCUAAAUCUCCCCAAGAGAUGAUAUUUAGAGGUCAAGAGGGCUUCAAAGAUGGUUCCAUCAGUUCGCGAGACCGAAAAGGUAAUGUGAAUUUGCUUGGCCAACAAGGUGUUCCUGACGUCGUGUGGGUCACUUUAAGUGUCACGCGACAAAGCCUCAAACCACUUACGACGUGCAUCAAUGAUGGUAGGGUCGGACUUCAAAUCAAGAUCUGGAACAAAAAGCUGCAUAGUGAUGCAUACUUCUCAUCUCUUCAAUGCUUUUUUGGCAGCUUGGUUCGAAGUUCUGAAGACAGAAAUGCUCAUGACGUUUUGGAAGACAAACUCGGUUGGAAAGGGUCAUCUAAUCUAGUUGUAACAUGUGCUAUUCCUUCUAGAUUACUAUCGGUAGGCUCCAGGGAUGAUAUUAGAGUGGAACUGGCAGUCUUAGCUACCGGAACAUCUGUGAAGCUUUAUGGCCCCUUACUUGGGCGCAGAUUGGUGAUAUGCAGCUAUGGGCUUGAUGACGACAAUCUCUUGGUUUCAAGAGAGCCGCCAGGAUUUCGAUUGCCAUGUGCUAUAAAAGGUGUCACGACUACUCAAACAGCAUUCCGUCCCUCUAAGCAACUUUGCUUCAUCCGAAUGGGAGCCGACUCGUCGAUUACGACCAUGGGAAUUCGAAAGAAGUUUAAGAGUUUCGAAAAAGAAAAGGCUAUGAGAGCCCGUCAAAUUUCUCCUUGCACCAUAUCAGAGAGACUUGGGCCCAAUGAGCACAGGCGAUUCCAAUUCCCAUAUCCGUUCAGUCUCAAACAAGCAACAAUUGACCGAUCAUCAAAGAUUUCGACAUUGGUCGUUAGUCCCAGAUCAGCUCCGAAUUCCUUGGAUUAUGGUGGCUACGGCAUAAAUCCCUUUCCUAUUAUUCUAGAUGGUUCGGAAGCUUAUCCUCUCACUCUUCCCAAGGUGAAUCUAAAUCAGCAACCAACCAUAUCUGCAGUUGGCCCUAAAGCUGUGGAAUGGAUUGAGUGUUUGAUGCAUAGCAUGUCUUGUGCUCGAGAACGUUCUUACUCGCCCGAAAUGAAAAGUAGUAAUGAUCUCCCGGCUCUCUUCAACAUCAAACGCUAUAUCCACAAUAUGGCAAGGUCCUUUGUUAAUCCAACUCCUCUAGGCCGAAAGCAAACAUUCUUGUUCAGAACUCAUGACCAGCGUCAUAUCGCCACAAUCAUCUUCGUCUCUGCAUUGCGGCAUAAUAUCGAUCAGAGCUCGGUUGUGUUGGAUGCAUAUGUACUUCCAUUCAAAACAGAAAACUCGUCAUUGAGUCCCGUCCUAGACGAGCUACUAAACCACAAUACUACUCAAGCCGUAGAGUACACCAUGAAGGAGGCAGAUGAACUCGCAAUGAAACAAAUGCUUCCGGCAACAGUAGAAGCCUGUAGAAAAAGCUGGAACCACGCCCCAGGAUGCGAGUACCGUCAGUAUAGCUCCAUCACCCUUUUCACCGAACUCAGCCAAUCACCAACCUGUUCAUGUGGGGAAGGAAAGGACAGGGAAAACUUUCCUCGAGUCAAAGGUUGGGAAAUCUUGAGUAAGUAUGCGACGAGAAUCGCUCUAAUGCCGUUGUCGAGUGUGCCUUACGUUGAAGUACAUUAUUCGGAAGAAGAACAGACUCAGCAUGAAAAAUCUCUGCGUUCUAUAUCGACGUUGCGGGAUGUUAAUGCGAGUUUGCAGACAUUGCAGAUAGUUGAUCAGGUUAGGGUUGGGGAUUUGAGAGGAUGUAAAAGGUGUGGUGAAGUUCCAUUGGCAGAUAUGGAGCACAAGCAAUGUGCGAGAUGUCAUGCAGUUAAGUAUUGUGGUUCGGUUUGUCAAAGGGCGGACUGGAAGGAACAUAAGAAAAUAUGCAAGACCUCCGCGGCUAGCACUUAG